AUGGUAUAUUUUGUUGAUGGUAAAGGUGGUCUUAUUGAUGUUUGUAAAGGCGGUCUCAUCGGAGGUGGAGGUGGUAUCAUUCGAUUAAAUUGCUGUUGUUGCGAUGUUUGUGGCAAUAGAGAUGGUAAAGGUGAUGUUUGUAGGGAACCACAACAUCCUUCCAUACCAUCAUAUUUAAAUACUCAAAGACGUGGUUCAAUAACAGAUCCUUCGCUACAUUUAUCGGUUCCAAAUCCUGAAUUAUCAAGGCAAUAUUCACAACCUGAUGUUCAUUUUUCGUCAAAUUCAUCCGAACGUCGUAGUUCUUUGGCAAAUGUAGAUCAAUAUCCUCUCUCGCCAUCAUCCACCUUAUCACGUCCAUCAUCUGUUAAAAGUGAUCAUCAGUUAUUCUCUUCAUUGGAAUCACGUAAACUAAGAGAUUCAACUUUGCCAUCAAUAAGUGCAAGUCCAAGUCCCGUAAGAGAUGGUUUUCCUGGUUCAUUAAUGAAUCCUGCAUUUCAAGCACAACUACAGACAAGACGUCAUUCUAUUGCUGUAGGUGAGGUGGUUUCUCCACUCAAAAGAAAAAGUACAAUCAGCGGAUUACCAUUACCAUCACCCAAUAAUAAUAUUGGUGGUGUAAAACGUAGAGAAUCGAUCGGUGAUCCUGCUAUACAAAGAUUGUCUUUAUAUGAUCGUAGAAAAACGCCUUAUUCACGUUCGCCCGAGCUACGGAUAUCUCAUAAACUUGCUGAACGUAAAAGAAGGAAAGAGAUGAAGGAACUUUUUGAUGAACUUAGAGAUUCAUUACCUGUUGAUAAAAGUUUAAAAACAAGUAAAUGGGAAAUUUUAAGCAAAGGUGAAAGAAUUAAAUAA